GUAGCCUAUUUCUCUGCUAAGCUUGACCCAGUCGCUGCGGGGCUCCCACGAUGCCUCCGAGCAGUGGCUGCGGCAGAGAAAGCCGUGCUGGCAUCACGUGACAUUGUUGGCUAUUCUGAUGUCACCCUGCUGGUUCCUCAUGCCGUGUCUUUGAUCCUUUUGGAACAAAAAACAUCACAUCUUUCUACAGCCCGAUGGCUUAGAUACAACACCAUCUUACUGGACAUGCCAAACAUCACUGUCAAAAGGUGCAAUGUGCUUAACCCAGCCACUUUGUUUCCAGACCCUGACGAUGGCGAGCCUCACAACUGUGUUUCGGUGUUGAACCAGGUCUGCACUCCGCGCCCAGAUCUAUCGGAGGUGUCAAUUCCUAACUGUGACCUCGUUCUCUUUGUUGAUGGCUCCGCCUCUAGAGACCCUGCUUCGGGCCACUGUCAGGUUGGAUAUGCAGUCUGCACCUCUCAUACUGUUUUACAGUCUGGCCCUUUACCAGGACAUUACUCUGCUCAGGCUGCGGAGUUGAUCGCACUGACCGAAGCCUGUAAAUUGGCUGAAGGGAAGUCUGUUACUAUCUACACAGACUCCAGAUACGCUUUUGGCGUCACACAUGACUUUGGUGCUCUGUGGAAACACAGAAGGUUUUUGAAAUCUGAUGGCAAACCUAUCUUGCAUCAUGAUAAGGUUGCUGAUCUGCUCGACGCAAUUCUGUUACCAGCUGCAAUUGCUGUAUGUAAGUGUCCCGCACACACUGGGGGCACUGAUCCCAUCUCUUCUGGAAACACACGCGCUGAUGCUGCUGCGAAGGCAGCUGCCCGACUUCCCCUUCCCUUUGCUCCCUGCCUCUUAUCCUCCACCUCUACCCAACCUCCCUCUCCUCCCUCUGCUCUCCCUGAUCUUCAGACGUUCUCUACCCCACAGGAACGCAAGCUCUGGCUGACGAAUGGCGCCACCAGUAGCCAUGGCGUUUGGUAUGGGCCCGACGGCAAACCUUGCCUACCUAAACACUUUUUCCCUCAUUUCGCGAAGUUGACACAUGGAUUAGACCAUGUAUCAAAGGGGGGAAUGUUAGAUGCUCUUACAAAACAUUGGUACACUAAGGGAUUUUCAAUCUAUGCGCAAAAAUACUGUGAAGCAUGUAUGACAUGCGCCCAACACAACCCAGGUAAGACGACUGCCAAACCACUGGCAGCUCACCCACCACCGGAACAGGCGUUUGACCAUUUAAUGCUGGACUUCAUCGAACUAACGCCAGCAGAAGGUAAAAAGUAUUGUUUAGUGAUUGUUGAUAUGUGGUCAAAAUGGGUGGAGGCCUUCCCAGCUAAACAUGCUAACAGCCAUGCAGUUACCAAAGCCUUGCUGACAGAAAUAAUUCCCAGAUGGGGAAUUCCAUCUAAAAUCAGCAGUGACAACGGCUCACACUUCGCAAACCAAGCCCUCGAGGAAGUGGGAAAGUUUCUGAACAUCGACAUCAGAAAGCACUGCUCUUACCACCCUCAAAGCGGAGGGGCGGUAGAGAGAGAGAAUGGCACUUUGAAAAACAAACUGGCUAAAUGCUGCUCAGAGACUGGUCUCAAGUGGACUCAGGCUCUUCCCAUUGUGCUCUCAUACAUGAGAAUGAGGAGAAGGAUGAGAACAAACCUCAGCCCGUAUGAGAUCCUAUUUGGUAGACCUCCUAUGAUGGGACUCCACCCUGAGACCGAGACUAGGAUUUUACCACCUACUGAAAUGUGCGAAGACGCAAUGCUACAGUACUGUAAGAACUUAUCCUCUGUUCUGUCCCAAAUCUCUAAACAGGUGAAAGCGGCUCUGCCCAAACAGGCGACAGAACCACUGCACAUCAUUCAACCAGGAGACUCGGUGAUCAUUAAGGAACUUCGCAGGAAGCACUGGAACUCAAAGCGGUGGCAAGGUCCCUUCCAGGUCCUUCUGACGACCAACACGGCUGUGAAGAUCGCAGAAAGAGCGACUUGGAUCCACUCCAGCCACUGCAGGAAGGUCCCGGAUCCAACAGACGACCCUCCAUCUACAUGUACACCACACGAGAAAACCACCACUGACGAAAAGAAUUGAGAAGGACGACCCUCGCUGUGCUCACACACGCACUGAGGCGAGGCUGCGUUGACCGUUCAGCUGAAGGUGCGAGCCAAGCGCCGCCUGAAGCUGCGCCGGUGAAUCACACUAUCAGACCAUAUAUCUACACACACGUUCCUGAGAAAACACACACACGAGCAGCCUUGAGUUGCCGACGCUGGACGACGUGUAGACUCUUCACAUCACGGGGAGUGACAGUGACUCAGACGACAUUGGGAGGAAACCUGGCGGUGAUAACGAAUCCCAAGUGUCUCUGUGAUCAGCUGAUCACAACCUGAAGAACUCCAACGAACUGUCAAGGUGUCAACACACAGGUUGGAAACAAUCUAACACCACUGUUCAACAGGAAGAAGAAGACAUUGAAUGUGAUCCUGUUGUUUUAAUCUUCACUGUAUAUUACUUUAAUAUUCGCUCUAAAUUGUGUGGUUGAUUUACAUGUAUGCCUCUCUGUGAUUUUAUCCACUAUUUUCGAACAAAACAUUUUACAUUUCCACUUGAUUUACACUUUCACACAAAUUUUUAUCUUCCACUGACGCAAAAUGACAUCCACCAGACGAAACAAGAUAAAAAUGAUUGUCAUAUCGACGAUGACAGCAAUAUGCGUGGUCACUCUGACAUUCGCAUCAACCGAAGACACUCUUAUCCACCGCACACCGGAGUCACCCACAAAUCGAUCAUGCUUAGUUUGUGCCAUUAGAGACCUGAUGACCAUGACGGAACAAUUGGAAAAAAGACAACAUGGCAGAAAAGAAUGGCCUUAGAGAUGUUAUUAACAAAGAUGCGAAGUGUUUGUGUCAGGUUUGGUAAAACAUGCUGUACCUUUAUUCAGGAUGAUUGAACAUGAACUGAUUGGAAUCAAUUAUAGGCUUAUGUCCCUGUCUUUCCAAAGCUCAUACACAAGGGUUAUUCUAGUAUAACUACCCACAAAAACAGCUCACAAUCUUUUAUCCCUACGCCAUUUACAUCUUUAUAACAAUACAUUUAACGAAUCAUUUUUAAAGAAUGCUUUAUUACUACGAAAUGAUUGCCAUGAUUGACAAUUUUUAUUCUUUAAUGUUUGAUUAAUGUGUAAUCAAAAGGGGGGAAUUGUAAUGGAAAAAUUGUACUUUAAUGCUCUUGUGUUCAUUUCUGACUCUGUACAAUUACCAUGCAUUCUGUACUUGUUGAUUAGACCCAGAACUGAACAUUAUUAGACAAACAAUCUAUCUCCCUCUCAAGGUUCUGUCGCACAUUAAGUGCUGACAUCUAAUGUUGUGUUUGACUGACCGAUUGUUUAUGGCUUGUGUCUGCCUUUUACCCCUGGUCUCUGGCUCCUUUCUAUCUGAUGCCCCACCAGACCCAAGGCUGUAGACCUUGUGUAUUCCCUGUGUAAUGUAAACAUCUUCACCCACAGUGUGAUAGGAAGAUUCCACCAGGUCCUGGGAGAGAGGUUAAAAGGCAGAGACAACCUCAGAACGGUGGGCUCUUUGCAUUAUACCUCCGUGGUGUGUGCACUGAUCUCCCCAGCUGGUUUUUGGUUUGUUGAUGUGCACGAUCAACAUCCAUGCUUUUUAUUUGCUUUCCCCAUUAUUUUUAUUUUCUUUAUUAUUUCAAUAAAUCGCACAAAAGGACAACUCUCUCAUCUACUUCUUUAUGGAAAAUUUCCACCACAACAACACCCUAACAAACUUAAACAACUUUACAAACGCCUUAACAAACCGUACUUAUAAUCUAUCUCAUAGUGUUAUCUUAUCCCUACAGUACAUUAGAUCAGCAAUUCUGUACCUGGUAAGACAGACACAUCUAAAAUCAGUGUCAGAAUGUGACCCUAUGGGUCUGGAUGGGUAUGAAGCAUGUGGG